AUGCGUGAGUGUAUCAGUAUCCACGUUGGCCAAGCUGGAGUCCAGAUUGGUAAUGCUUGUUGGGAGCUGUAUUGCCUAGAACAUGGAAUUCAACCAAAUGGUCAGAUGCCAUCAGAUAAAACAACUGGUGGUAGUGAUGAUUCCUUCAAUACAUUUUUCAGUGAGACUGGAGCUGGCAAGCAUGUCCCCAGGGCUGUCUUUGUUGAUUUGGAACCUACUGUUGUUGAUGAAGUUCGUACUGGACCUUACAGGCAACUAUUCCAUCCUGAACAGCUCAUCACUGGAAAGGAAGAUGCCGCCAACAACUACGCUAGAGGUCAUUAUACCAUUGGAAAAGAAAUUGUUGAUUUGGUACUUGACCGCAUCCGUAAACUUGCCGACCAAUGCACUGGCCUUCAAGGCUUCCUCAUUUUCCACAGUUUCGGAGGUGGAACUGGGUCCGGAUUCACCUCUCUUUUGAUGGAACGUCUUAGUGUUGAUUAUGGAAAGAAAUCCAAACUAGAAUUCUCAAUUUACCCAGCACCUCAGGUUGCAACAGCUGUUGUUGAACCUUACAAUUCCAUUCUAACCACCCACACCACACUUGAGCAUUCUGACUGUGCUUUUAUGGUCGACAAUGAAGCCAUCUAUGACAUUUGCAGAAGAAACCUCGAUAUUGAACGUCCCACAUACAUUAACCUAAAUCGUCUCAUUGCUCAGGUUGUUAGCUCCAUCACUGCUUCUCUGAGAUUUGAUGGUGCUCUUAAUGUGGAUCUGACUGAAUUUCAAACCAACUUGGUACCCUACCCACGUAUUCACUUCCCAUUGGCUACUUACGCUCCUAUUAUUUCUGCUGAGAAAGCAUACCAUGAGCAACUUAAUGUUGCUGAGGUCACCAAUGCUUGUUUUGAGCCAUCCAACCAGAUGGUGAAAUGUGACCCCCGCCAUGGGAAGUAUAUGGCCUGUUGUAUGCUGUACCGUGGUGAUGUGGUACCCAAGGAUGUCAAUGCUGCAAUUGCAACUAUCAAGACCAAGCGCACAAUCCAAUUUGUCGACUGGUGUCCAACUGGUUUCAAGGUUGGCAUCAACUAUCAACCUCCAACUGUUGUACCUGGUGGUGACCUGGCCAAGGUGCAACGUGCUGUAUGCAUGUUGAGCAACACCACAGCCAUUGCUGAGGCCUGGGCUCGUCUGGAUCAUAAGUUUGAUCUGAUGUAUGCCAAACGUGCUUUUGUCCACUGGUAUGUGGGAGAAGGUAUGGAAGAAGGAGAGUUCUCCGAGGCCCGUGAAGAUUUGGCUGCUCUAGAGAAGGAUUAUGAGGAAGUCGGUGUGGAUACCUUUGACGCUGAAGAUGAACAGGAGGGUGAAGAGUAUUAA